AUGUCCUACGCAUGCAUGAUCUUCGCCCACACGCACCCUACUCGCUUGUACAAGCUGCAAAUAGUACAAAAUAAGUUCAUCCGCCGUGCAACUGGUGCGCAGUGGUAUCAACGCAACGUCGAUCUGCACAGCGAUUACAGACUCCCGACGAUUCGCGAAUAUUUUAAAGACCUGACCAAACGGUUCUUCGAUAGAGCCGAACAUCAUCCCAACCCUCUGGUGGUAAGCGCAGCAAAUUACCAACCCGACACAAACGCGAACGUCAACAAGCGUCGUCCGCGAAACGUCCUCAUCGACCCGGUCGAGGAAGGGGAAUUAGAUACGCCGGACCCACCGCCGGGGGUCCCGCCGGAUAACAACACUACACCCACAGCUAGUGUAACAACAAACACAAUAGUUCGCCCUCGCCUCCGAGCACGGCGAGACCAACACAACGCGUACACAAGGUACACCCGCGUUCUAGGGCGGUUCUCACCGCCCCCAGCCACCGAU